UGCUCUUAUUUCAAUCUUAACUACAUCUUGAGAAAAUUUAGAGAUGACUAAAGUCCUUGAGAAAUGUUUGAUACUUGCUCAGAUCUCUUGAGGAAUAAAAGGGCUGGCUAAGCACUCGUCUCGAUCGAAAGUGUUUCCAUUCAAAAGUAGUUCAUCAAGCGUGAUGCGUGCCUAUAUAAAGUAAAAUGUUGAAAAAUGUCGAAAUCAGUGAUGGUGAUAAUAUGAUUCAUUUCAAAUAAAGUCGUGUAAUUUCAAAUUGUGGAUAGAGUAGAUAGAAAUUGACAUAGUAAAUGUGCGUGAAAUAAAAAUUCAAUUUUAUACGUUGUGAAGAAUUAUAUCUUUAUUCUGACUAAAGAUGAGUAUCUUGAAUCGCAAGUUUAUCGAAUUUGUAAGAUGUACCAUUGAAUCAUCGAGUACUAUUAUUAGAACUAUAGAAACUUUCACAACAGAAAUUGGAGAGCAAGAUUGGUCGAGGUGUCGUCCUUAUACCGAAAUUCCUGGUCCCAAACCAAUUCCCUUCUUGGGUAAUACGUGGCGAUUUAUACCAUAUAUAGGUAACUUCGAGAUCCAGGCGGUGGAUCAAGUAUCGAAGAGAUUAUAUAAAGAGUAUGGAGAUAUUGUGAAAAUAGAAGGUCUGUUAGGUAGACCGGAUAUGGUUUUCAUCUACGAUGCGAACGAAAUCGAGCGUAUCUUUCGGCAAGAAGAGAGGAUGCCAUAUAGACCUUCGAUGCCGUCGUUAAAUUAUUACAAACACGUGCUUAGAAAGGAGUUCUUCAGAAAUAAUGCCGGUGUAAUCGCUGUGCAUGGUGAGAGCUGGUACAAUUUCCGGAGCAAGGUGCAACAAGUAAUGCUACAACCACGAACAGCAAGAAUGUACAUUAGCGCUAUAGAGGAAGCGAGUCUAGCAUUUCUUCGCAGAAUUAGAAGAAUACGGGAUGAGGAUGACGAGGUGCCUGAUGAUUUUCUGAAUGAAAUACACAAAUGGUCACUAGAAUCCAUUGCCCGUGUUGCAUUGGACGUUCGAUUGGGUUGUUUGGAUGAUGAUGCUAAUGUUAAAACUCAGCAAUUAAUUGACGCAGUUACAAUAUUCUUUAAGAAUGUCGGAGUCUUAGAAUUAAAGAUUCCAUUCUGGAAAUUAUUCAAUACACCUACGUGGCUGCAAUAUGUGAACGCUCUUGACACCAUAGUAAAUAUAACGUCUGAAUACACGAUGGCCGCUCUUUCAAGGAUAAAAGAAAUAGAGAAAUCUGAUAAGGAACAGUCCCUUCUGCAAAGAAUAUUGGCUCUUGAAAAUGAUACUAAGUUGGCUACUGUCCUUUCUCUUGAUCUAUUUUUAGUUGGUAUUGAUACAACUUCCAAUGCGGUAGCAUCAACUUUGUAUCAAUUAGCUUUGCAUACUGACAAGCAAAAUCUCGUCUAUGAGGAAGUCUGUAACGUAUUACCAGAUAAAGACAUGGAGCUUGAAGGGAAGCAUUUGGAUAAACUGAAAUACUUAAAGGCCUGCAUUAAGGAAACUCUUAGGAUGUAUCCGGUGGUUAUUGGUAAUGGACGAUGUAUGACCAAGGACACAAUAAUCAGAGGAUAUCGUGUACCAAAAGGCGUACAAGUAGUUUUCCAACAUUACGUAAUAAGUAAUCUUGAGAAGUACUUUCCACGUAGCGAGGAAUUCCUUCCAGAGAGAUGGUUGCAAAGUGACGGUGUGUACCACAAAUUCGCAUCGCUUCCUUUCGGUUAUGGAAGAAGAAUGUGUCUCGGUCGACGUUUCGCUGAACUUGAGAUGCUCGUUGUUAUUAGUAAGAUUUUGCAACGUUACAAAAUAGAGUAUCAUCACGAGAAAUUGGAGUAUUACAUCAAUCCUAUGUACACGCCCAAAGGAUCUUUAAAUUUAAAAUUUAUUGACAGAUAAUGAUUUUUAAAUGUAUGUACAAACGAUAUGUUUUUUUCUUUAUUUUUUAUUACCUUUAUUGCUGUAAAAUCAAAAGGAUAUUGUUCUAGAUGAUCACUAUCUCUGAAGCACUUUGAAUUUGAGUUCACCAUCGGGGGCGUACAUAAAUGUAA